AUGGCCGACUCCGAAUUGCCCCACCGUCCCAAGCCCGAGGCCCCUCAGGAUGCCUCCGCGCCCGCCGCGGAAGGUGAAACUAAGAACGCCAGCAAGAACGCCCUGAAGAAGGCUGCAAAGGAUAAGAUCAAGGCAGAGAAGGCUGCGGCGCGUGCUGCGCAAGAAAAGGCCCAGGCCGCCGCUCAGGAGGCCAACGACACCGCCAAGGAUCUAUACGGUCCCCUCCCAGAGACCGAGGACGUCGUCCCAUCUACACGAUUCACCGAACUCUCGGAGGAACACUACGAGAAGGAGGUGACGGUUGUGGCGCGUGUCGAUAAUGCGCGUGUGCAGAGUGCCAAGCUUGCAUUCUUGAUGCUGCGCCAGCAGGGACAGAAGGUCCAGGCCGUCAUUGCGGCCGCUGAGCCCAUCUCCCGACAGAUGAUUAAGUACACCGGCGGUUUGAACGUCAACUCGAUUGUGCAGGUCACCGGUACUGUGAAAAAGCCCGAGAUCCCCAUCUCGUCCGCCUCCAUCAGCCACCUCGAGAUCCACAUUAGCAAGGUCUACAUGAUCUCCGAGGCUGCGCAGAUGCUCCCUAUGCAGGUCAAGGAUGCUGAGCGCCCCCUCCCGAGACUACCGAGGAAGACCGAGACCAGCCAGGCGAUCACCUGGAUUUCCAGCGGUGUUUCCCAGCUCUUCGCUGAGUACAUGAUUAAGAGUGGCUCUCGAUGGAUCUUCACACCUAAGCUUGUCGGUGCCGCCACGGAAGGUGGCAGCGGUGUCUUCGAGGUGAAGUACUUCAAGCGCAAUGCCUACUUGGCCCAGUCUCCCCAGCUCUACAAGCAGAUGUGUAUCGCUGGUGAUAUGGAGAACGUCUUCGAGAUCGCCCCCGUUUUCCGUGCGGAGGACAGCAACACCCACCGUCACUUGACCGAGUUCUCCGGUCUCGAUUUCGAAAAGACCUUCCGCGGCCACUACCACGAGGUCCUGGAAUUCGCCGAAGACCUGCUCGUCUUCAUCCUCACCCAGCUCAAGGAGCGCUACGCAUCCCAGAUCGCCACCAUCCAAAAGUCCUACCCCAAGGCCGGCGACUUCAAGCUCCCCAAGGACGGCAAGGCCCUGCGUUUGAACUACAUGGACGGAGUCGCCCUCCUGAAGGAAGCCGGCGUCGACGUCUCCGAGCAAGAGCGCUUCGAGAACGACUUCUCCACCGCGAUGGAGAAGCAGCUCGGCCAGAUCAUCCGCGACAAGUACGACACCGACUUCUACGUCCUCGACAAGUUCCCCAUGGCCGUCCGUCCCUUCUACACCAAGGCCGACCCCAACGACAAGCGCUUCUCCAACUCGUACGAUUUCUUCAUGCGUGGUGAGGAGAUCAUGUCCGGUGCCCAGCGUAUCAACGAUAUCAAGGAGUUGGAGGAGUCCAUGCGUGCUAAGGGUCUUGAGCCUAACCAGGAGGGCUUCGAGGAUUACCUCAAUGCUUUCCGCCAGGGUUGUCCUCCUCACGCUGGUGGUGGUCUUGGUCUUAACCGUAUUGUUAUGUUCUUCCUUGGCUUGCCUAACGUCCGUUUGGCUUCGCUGUUCCCCCGUGACCCUCAGCGUUUGCGCCCUUGA